AUGGAUGUAAAUGCUGUUGAAGAGGAUGAUGAUAAUGAUAAGAAUGAGAUAAUGCUGUUACUAACUCUAAUGCAGCUAUUUUAUUUUAUACUAAAGCUUAACACAUACAUACACGUCAGCACCAACCAACCGCUACCGCCAACACCAUCACAAUCAUCACCAUCACCGCCACUACAGCCACAACAGUUGGCCUUUAAGCACAAUUCGGCAACAAUUGACCAUGGAACAUAUAUGAACCCAGAAGGGUGUCAAUACGAUCCACUGUACGGCUACACACAGCCACAAACAAGAAUAACAGCGGCGCCGGAUAUUACAACCUUAACACCUUUUGCACCUCAGGCGGCACCUCUUGGAGAAUACUCAUCUGCACAUGCUCUUUCCACCUAUGACCCCUACCGAUAUCCUUCUUACUAUCCAUCUUACGGUCCCACUACCGGAUCCACAUCCUUCUAUACCACAGACUUAACACCGUUUUCAACAAAUCGGAGCAAUGCAGACUUUCCGAAAUCAGUUCGAUCUGACCCUGGAAUUGCAAAAGAUGUUAAGCAGGAGCAGGAUGUUAAAGAGCACGCAGUAGAAUUGAUUUCGGCAGCAGGCGGUUCAACCAGUGAUAUUCCAGAAGCGCAUGCGGAAUUAAUCCAGACGAGUACGGAUGUUGCUAAUACUUCAACUGUAGUGCAGCAACAUGCUGAGCCUACACAGGUACCACGAAGAUUGGACAGAAGGAAAGCAGCGACAAUGCGUGAAAGGCGACGAUUACGUAAAGUAAAUGAAGCAUUUGAAGUGGUUAAACAAAGGACAUGUCCUAAUCCGAAUCAAAGAUUACCAAAGGUCGAAAUCUUGAGAAGUGCAAUUGAAUAUAUCACAAAACUAGAAAAUAUGCUACAAAGUCAAGGAAAAAUGACAAAAAUUAUGGCUGCUAAUCAAGGGAUUCACUUGCCGGAUAAUGACGGACAGGAUUAUGUUUCUGUCCAUAAUACACCCAACAAUGGUUCAACCGCAGCUUACUACGACAGCAAAAUGGGAACAUUUACGGAAGAGAAUGAGGAUUUCAGGAGUGUAAGCACCGGCGAAAGCCCUCAUGAAGCAAGGAAAACAUCGGGGAAGAAAAGCUCCUUAGAACGGCUGUCACGUAUUGUGGACAGUAUCGCAGCUGAUGAAGAUGAAGGAGUAGCAGAAAGUUCGGGAAGUGAGCCUUCUGCUGUCUGA